GUCAGCCCCUUCCCUGAGGCCGGGCGGCGGGCAUGGUCGGGUAUAACCCCCUCGCUCAGCGAGGGGAAGACAGUCCGUCUGCUGUGGAGGUGGCAGUGGCAGGCUCCUUGUCCGGAUUCCUGACCCGUGUACUCAUCAACCCGCUGGAUGUCAUCAAAAUCCGGUUCCAGCUUCAGAUCGAGAAGUUGUCACUGUUUGAGCCAGGAGCCAAAUAUCAUGGCAUUCUCCAGGCAACUAACACAAUAUUCAGAGAGGAGGGUCUUCAGUCAUUCUGGAAAGGUCACAUCCCAGCCCAGCUUCUCUCUAUCUCCUACGGAGCUGUCCAGUUUGUGAGUUUCGAAUUUCUAACCAAGUUGGUUCACAAUGCCAUGCUUUAUGACUCGAGGAUUCCCAUCGCACACUUUGUUUGUGGGGGCUUGGCAGCAUGUUCGGCCACAGUCACUGUGCAGCCACUUGACACUCUCCGCACCAGAUUUGUGGCACAGGGAGAGCCAAAGAUUUAUAGAAGUCUGUGGCAUGCAAUAGUCACCAUGUACAGAAAGGAAGGACCCCUGUCAUUCUAUCGAGGACUCACACCCACUCUUGUAGCUGUCUUCCCCUAUGCUGGGUUCCAGUUUGCCUUUUACAACAUUUUUCAGCAUAUCUCUGAGUGGGCUGUGCCAUCGCGUGAAGCCUGGAUGGUUAAUGUAGAGAAUCUAAUGUGUGGCAGCUGUGCAGGGGUCAUUAGUAAGACACUCACAUACCCCUUUGACCUUCUCAAGAAGAGACUGCAGGUGGAAGGAUUUGAGCAGGCACGCAUGGCCUUUGGACAGGUACGGACCUACAAUGGUUUCCUAGACUGUGCCUAUCAAGUGGCUCGAACUGAGGGCCUGAGAGGAUUGUUCAAGGGCCUGUCCCCUAGUAUGCUGAAAGCAGCCGUCUCCACUGGAUUCACCUUCUUCUGGUACGAACUCUUCUGCAAUAUCUUUAGAAACCAUAAAGAGCAUUUGGAAUAUCAGCGACACUUCAGACACACAACUCCCUCACAAUGAGAACCAAACUGACCUGCUUUUGUCUGACUGCCCCAACUUAGCAGUGGUUUAUAUUUUUAUUGUGGAUUCUUGAAAUUCAUUGGGAACAAUGAUGUUCCUUUAGAAUCCCUUCCACUCCAUCCAGUUGCACAGAGAAUCGUUGCACUUAUUGGAUCUGUGUCACGGAGGUAUGAGUGCAGCUGACUGAACAACCUGUUGAUAGCUGUUUAUGAAGUAUAAAACACCAGGAGAAUUCAACAGCAUUUAUCUGUUACUUUAAAUGGAGAGAAUAAAGUCGCUACUGUUCUCAUUUAACUCCUGAACACAGCCAGCAAUGGAAUGGGAACUAGGUUGCAAUUACAGCCCUAUUCAAAAAUUAAUUUAAUAUUUAUUUUUCUAAAGCAAUGCAUGUAUUUGGUAACCUGUGUAUCCAUUUGGCUUCAUUUUUAUGUAAAAAUGCAAAAGUAUAAAUGUAUAUGGACAUAAACAUGUGGAGUUUGAGAAUUUUGCACAGAUGAUCAGAUUGCCAACUCCUGUCAACUAUUUAUUUUCUUAGUUUUACACAGCUGUGGAGUUUCCACAUUCAAUGAUUGGGAAGGAUGCCCAAAUCACUCCCUUGGAUCACAUGCCCCAGGUGCUAGUUCUGAUGCUUAGUUGAUAUGGAGUCAGCAGAGCAGGCAAUAGAGGCUUUACUCCUUUCUCAGCAGUGGGGAUGGGGAACUUGGUCACUCCUGACCACUUCUUGCUCCAGAAGUGAAUGAUAGCCAUGAAUGGGAUCAAGUACAGUCGUGAUGCUCUCUGUGGUCAAAUAGCCUUGUAAUGCAUCCCACCUGCGUAUGAAUGUAACUGGUAAUGCAUAUAACGUACAAGAGGUUGUCAGUAAUUCACGAGAAUGUGCCAGAAAAGCCCAAUGUUAGUGUCUCUACCUCUGGGCCAGGAGUCCUACCUAGUCUGAAUGCAUGUCAUAACCUGUCUGAACAGGUUGGCUUUAUAUUAAAAAAACAAAGUAAGUCACUUGAUGAUAGGAGCAAAGUGAAAAGGAAAGAGGAUUGACUUAAAUGUUAAAACAUUUAAACUUUGAAUCAUUCUAAAACUGUAAUGCAUUUAAGGAGUUGCCUCUUCUCUAUGGUUUAUCCAUUUUUGCAAUAAAUAUUUCUGACCAUUCAAA